UUUGUGACAAGUACCCCCCGCACCCUCCCCCCUCCCUCCCUCUUUCUUUGCUUUUCCAAUAUGUGCAGCAUAUAGGUGAUUUUAAUUUUCCAAGGUUAGCAGAUUUUGGAGCUGCAAUAUCUGGUGCAAACAAAUUGCAAUGCCAACAAGUGCUUGAAGAGCUAGAUGUGUAUAAGCGUUUAAAGCUCACACUGGAAUUAGUGAAGAAAGAAAUUGAAAUAACCAAGAUUCAGGAAUCCAUUGCAAAAGCAAUUGAAGAAAAGAUAAGUGGUGAACAACGGCGCUACUUAUUGAAUGAGCAACUAAAGGCAAUAAAGAAGGAAUUGGGAUUGGAGACUGAUGAUAAGACAGCACUAUCUGCGAAGUUUAGGGAAAGGCUUGAACCAAACAGGGAUAAAUGCCCACCCCAUGUUUUGCAAGUUAUAGAGGAAGAGCUUACAAAACUGCAGCUAUUAGAGGCAAGUUCAAGUGAAUUUAAUGUAACUCGCAACUAUUUGGAUUGGUUGACCGCACUGCCUUGGGGAAAUUACAGUGAUGAGAACUUUGAUGUUCUUCGGGCACAAAAGAUUCUUGAUGAAGAUCAUUAUGGAUUAACUGAUGUAAAGGAAAGGAUAUUGGAAUUUAUUGCGGUUGGAAAACUUAGAGGAACCUCACAAGGAAAAAUCAUCUGUCUCUCUGGUCCACCUGGAGUGGGUAAAACCAGCAUUGGUCGUUCAAUUGCACGUGCCUUGAACCGUAAGUUCUUCCGUUUUUCCGUUGGAGGCUUAGCUGAUGUCGCUGAAAUUAAGGGGCAUCGUCGAACCUAUAUCGGUGCUAUGCCAGGGAAGAUGGUUCAAUGCCUUAAAAAUGUGGGAACAGCUAACCCUCUUGUUUUGAUUGAUGAGAUUGACAAGUUGGGAAGGGGACAUGCUGGUGAUCCAGCAAGUGCCUUGUUAGAGCUUCUUGAUCCAGAGCAGAAUGCAAAUUUUCUAGACCACUACAUUGACGUUCCAAUUGAUCUAUCAAAGGUUCUGUUUGUGUGCACCGCAAAUGUUGUGGAGAUGAUACCAAAUCCCCUCCUGGACAGAAUGGAGGUCAUUGCCAUUGCUGGAUAUAUAACUGAUGAGAAAAUUCAUAUUGCAAGAGACUACUUGGAGAAGUCCACACGUGAAGCAUGUGGCAUUAAACCUGAACAGGUUGAAGUUACCGAUGCUGCCCUUCUAGCUCUUAUAGAAAAUUACUGCCGAGAAUCUGGCGUUCGGAAUCUCCAAAAACAAAUAGAAAAGAUAUACCGCAAGAUAGCUCUGAAACUUGUUAGACAAGGAGUAUGCGGUGAAAAUGCAGUUGCUGAAACUGAUAAAGCAGAAGUAAAACAUGGGGAUGAAUUGGUUCAAAAUAAUGAUGCUAACAAGAAUCAGAGCGUUGUUGAAUCAGCUGAGGCCGAGAGCCAUGAACAAAAAAUUGAAUCUUCCACAGAAACUGAGACAGUUGAGGAUGCAAAAGAAACCGAAAAUAUUAAGGAAGGAGAAGCAACACAGACAGUUGAGAAAGUGUUGGUUGACGAAUCAAAUCUAGCAGAUUUUGUUGGCAAACCUGUUUUCCACGCAGAACGCAUCUUCGAUCAAACUCCAGUUGGAGUCGUGAUGGGUCUUGCUUGGACUGCUAUGGGUGGUUCCACACUAUACAUAGAGACCGCCCAAAUUGAGCAAGGGGAAGGGAAAGCAGCCCUGGUUCUGACGGGUCAACUCGGAGAUGUCAUGAAAGAAAGUGCCCAGAUAGCUCACACUGUUGCUCAAGCGAUAUUGCUUGAUAAGGAGCCGGAUAACAAUUUCUUUGCCACCUCCAAGCUUCACCUCCACGUUCCUGCUGGCGCCACCCCAAAGGAUGGGCCGAGCGCUGGUUGCACCAUGAUCACAUCCAUGCUGUCACUUGCUAUGAAGAAACCCGUCAAGAAGGAUCUAGCAAUGACCGGAGAAGUAACUCUAACAGGGAGGAUUCUUCCGAUUG